UCAUUAUGAGUUUUCAAGGAAAUCCCAACAUAACGGAAACCAUUUUUCGAAUGAUGGGACAAGACAAACUUGUCAGUAAUGAUGCUUUGAGUUUAUACAAGUGGAUAAUCCAUAGCAGCAUCUGCCAAGCCAUAGCUAUCUUCGGAAUAGCGGCCAACGCCGUCAACAUGAUUUGUUUUGUGAAACAAGGGUUUAGGGAUACGGUCAAC